GUGCCGAAAUGCUCAUUAAGACUGUGACCUGCUCUGUUCACAUCUACAGCCUACAGUCAUCACAGCAAAAAUGGGAAAGGUACCUGUGGAGAACAAUGACACGGAAGGAAAGAAAAAUGAGUUUAGCUUAGUCCGGAUCAAAAGUACCUGGAAGCGCAAACUGGGAAUGAAAGCCAAAAUGAACACAACUGACCAUGUCUCUGCUGCAAAAAUAUAUGAGAGUAUCGAAGAGACAGGCACCUCUUGGACAGUGGUCAGCCCCAUUGUCUUUACUUACAAGGUAACCGAGGCUCAGAACUUGCUGGACCCAUGCAACGACACACUCCUACUGGGUCACAUCACCGACCCACAGCAGGUGGAGGACAUGAAAAAGUCAAGCAAGCCACUCAAACGCUUUGUAGUCGUUGACCAGGAAGUGUUCAAAAUCUACGGCUCCAAGCUAACCGAGUACUUAGAGGCCAACAAUGUCCUGUACAAGAUCUUGGCUCUACCCACCACUGAGGAGAACAAAUCCAUGGAGAUGGCCUUGAAGAUCAUAGAAGAGGUCAACACCUUCUCCCUUGACCGGCGCAGAGAGCCUAUCAUUGCCAUGGGUGGAGGGGUGUGCCUGGACAUAGUUGGCUUGGCUGCAUCACUCUACAGAAGACGCACUCCUUACAUCAGGGUCCCAACCACCCUGCUCUCCUACAUUGAUGCUAGCGUGGGGGCAAAGACAGGGGUUAACUUUGCAAACUGCAAGAACAAGCUAGGUGCCUACAUUCCGCCCACCGCCGUCUUCCUUGACCUGUCCUUCAUAAAAACCAUUCCUCGACGGCACAUCUCCAAUGGGCUGGCAGAGAUGUUAAAGAUGGCCUUGAUGAAGCACAGGGGCCUCUUUGAGCUUCUUGAGGAACAUGGUCAAAUGCUGUUGGACACGAAAUUCCAGGCUGACAACAGUAGAUACGGGCACAACCACAUACAGGCUGCAUCACAAGCAACUCGCAUAGCCAUCACCACCAUGCUCGAGGAGCUCGCCCCAAACCUUUGGGAGGAUGACCUCAACAGACUUGUGGACUUUGGCCACCUUAUCAGUCCAGCACUUGAGAUGAAAGUUCUCCCAUCUCUGCUGCAUGGUGAGGCAGUGAACAUUGAUAUGUCUUACAUGGUUUACGUGUCUCAAGAGAGUGGUCUAUUGACAGAGGAGGAGAAGCAAAGGAUCAUCAGGUGCAUGGUGGGCCUGGAACUCCCUGUCUGGCAUGAGGCAUGUGCUAUGGAGCUCAUACAGAAGUCUUUGCAGGACAGGCUGAAGCACUCUGGCGGCCUGUUCAGGAUGCCUCUGCCUGUUGGUCUUGGGCAAGCAGAUAUUUUCAAUAACACAUCUAAUGAGAUCCUGCACAGAGCUUACGAAAAAUGGUGCGAUGAGCUGAGCGUUUCCUCAGACAGCAACUGCGACCCUUCACCUGCCCGUAUACCAACGCUGCAUCAGUUUUAGUCUGUUCAAGUGCAUAAGUGUAUAAGCUCGAGUUUUUCGUUCGUCAAACUGACGGGGUCAAAGCUGAAAUUAAAAAAAGACGUUUCACGUGA